GGUCGUCCCGCCCCCGGUCCGCCUGCGGGGCCCCGCCCCGGCCGCUCGUCCAGUCCGCCGCGCCCUAGCGCCGCGGGCCUGCUUCUCCGGCUCGGGCCGCCCCUGAGGACGUUGCCCGGGAGGCCGUAAGUUUGUCAAAGAUGAGAGUGACUUUAUCAACUUUGGAUACGAGCGAGAGCUCCUUCACACCUCUGGUGGUUAUAGAACUCGCCCCGGAUGUCAAAGAAGAAACCAAAGAAUGGCUCAAAAACAAAAUCAUCGCCAAGAAGAAAGAUGGAGGUGCCCAGCUCUUAUUUAGACCAUUGUUGAAUAAGUAUGAGAAAGAAACGCUGGGAAACCAGAAUCUAUACCUUGUUGGUGCCUCCACCAUCCGGCUGCUGCUGGGGGCGGAAGCCGUGGGGCUGGUGAAGGAGUGCGCGGACGCCGCCAUGCGGGCCUUCACCUACGGGACCCGCCACAACUUUAAAGGUUUCCAUGAUAAUAACGACGACUUCCUCACGAUGGCCGAGUGUCAGUUCAUUGUCAAACACGAGCUUGAGAACCUGAGAGCUCGCGACGAGAGGAUGAUCCCUGGCUACCCCCAGGCCAGACUGUACCCCGGGAAGUCUCUGCUGAGGCGAUUGCUCACAUCUGGCAUCGUGACGCAGGUGUUCCCACUGCAUGACCCUGAGGCCCUGAAGAAGCUUGAGGACGAGUGGUACACGCGGUUUGCUCUCAAGUACCAGCCCAUAGACAGCAUCCGUGGCUACUUCGGGGAGACCAUUGCGCUGUACUUCGGGUUCCUGGAGUACUUCACCUUCGCCCUGGUCCCCAUGGCGGUCAUCGGGCUGCCCUACUACCUGUUCGUGUGGGAGGACUACGACAAAUAUGUCAUCUUUGCCUCGUUCAACCUCAUCUGGUCCACAGUGAUCCUGGAGGUGUGGAAACGCGGCUGUGCCAGCAUGGCCUAUCGCUGGGGGACGCUGGUCAUGAAGAGGCAGUUUGAGGAGCCCCGGCCGGGUUUUCACGGGGUCCUGGGCGUCAACGCUGUCACCGGCAGGGAGGAGCCGCUGUACUCCAGCUACAGGCGGCAGCUGCGCAUCUACCUGGUGUCGCUGCCCUUCGUGUGCCUCUGCCUGUGCCUCUCGCUCCACGUCAUGAUGGUGUACUUUGACAUGGAGGCCUGGGCCUUGGGCGUCCACGAGCGCAGCGGGGCCGAGUGGACCGGCCUCCUGCUGUAUGUGCCCAGCAUAGUCUAUGCCGUCGUGAUUGAGGUCAUGAACCGCCUCUACCGAUACGCUGCCGAGUUCCUGACGUCGUGGGAGAACCACAGACUGGAAUCUGCCUACCAGAAUCACCUCGUCCUGAAAGUGUUGGUGUUCAACUUUCUGAAUUGUUUUGCCUCGCUCUUCUACAUUGCCUUUGUCCUGAGGGACAUGAAGCUUCUGCGCCAGAGCUUGGCCACGCUGCUCAUCACCUCCCAGGUCUUGAACCAGGUUGUGGAGUCUCUGCUCCCCUACUGGCUGCAGCGGAAGCACUGCGCGCAGCUCAAGAGGAAGGUGCGGGCCUUGAAGGCGGACGUUGACACAGCCCUGUACGAGCAAGUGCUCCUGGAGAAGGAAAUGGGAACUUACCUGGGAACCUUUGAUGACUACCUGGAGCUGUUCCUGCAGUUUGGCUAUGUGAGCCUGUUCUCCUGUGUGUACCCACUAGCAGCUGCCUUCGCUGUGUUAAACAACUUCACCGAAGUCAACUCAGAUGCCUUGAAAAUGUGCAGGGUCUUCAAACGGCCAUUUGCAGAGCCGUCGGCCAGUAUUGGUGUGUGGCAGCUGGCCUUCGAGACCAUGAGUGUUAUAUCUGUGGUCACCAACUGUGCCCUGAUCGGAAUGUCACCACAAGUGAAUGCACUCUUUCCAGAAUCCAAGACGGACCUCGUUUUGAUUGUGGUAGCGGUGGAGCAUGCACUCCUGGCUCUCAAGUUCAUACUUGCCUUUGCCAUCCCUGAUAAGCCACGGCACAUCCAGAUGAAACUGGCCAGACUGGAAUUCGAGUCUUUGGAGGCGCUCAAGCAGCAGCAAAUGAAGCUGGUGGCUGAAAGCCUGAAGGAGGAGUCCCAGGAAGACGGGAAGGAAGCUACCUGAGUGCUGGCUGCCCGGUCCCCAGCCUGUGAGAACAGCUGCGCAGGGAGGGGCAGCCGGCGUCCGGGCCAGAUGCUUGGCUGUGUGAAGUGGCCGAGACUCGGCAGGCAAACUUACCAGCUCUGUGGGGAAGAGCCAGGGACUGUUGGUAGCUCCCCGGUGCCCCUCAUCACCAGGUGCCCCUGGACCGGAACACCCUCCAGCUGCCUCUGCUGCCCUGAACUUCAACCCCAAGGCUUCACCAGCUUUUCACACGCCGUUCACAGUGGGUGCCCAUGAUGGGGGGUGGCUCAGGGUCUGUGCCCUCUAAACCCUUCGCAGGAGCCAUGCUAGGGCCGUGGGGUGGGAGCUCCCACACCCGAAUUCCCGGGUUGGGUUCUGUGUGGCCGUGUGUGGGCAGACACUGUGUAACUGAGCUAUUAAAGGCAGCCCCUCUGCUCUGA